GUACAAUUUCUCAUCCUUCCAUUAUUCUUUCUCACUAUUCACAAAAGCUUCACAUUUAUUCGACCUUAAUUACAAACCAAACCACAUUCACUCCAAAAACUUCAACUUCACAAACAUACAUACCACUAUUUCACACUUCAUAAAUUUUCUCUUCUUGCUUAAUUUUUCUUGUUCUAAUAUGGCAAGAAAAAAGAAUAGUAUGGGAGCAAUGUUACUAGAGAAAGAAAGCUUUAGAAGAACAAAAUUCGGUACCCUUUUAUACUCCGAUCCAAUUAGUGACCAUGAAGAAAGCAAUAGCAAUUCGGCUCGCAGUAGUAAUGCUUCUUCAGCCCCAAGUCCACCUAGAACAUCGUCGUUUUACAACACAACAACUACUACCAACAAUUCACCUAAUUACUUUAUGUCUCCAUGGAACCAAUCUGCUUCACCUUAUGUAAAAUCCCCAUGGAUUCACCAACCAGCACUCGAUUUCUCCGAAGAAUCAGAAACAAGUGAUUGCAAAAAUGGCCUAAUUGGCUCACUUGUCCGAGAAGAAGGCCACAUUUAUUCACUAGCUUCAUCAGGGGAUUUGUUAUAUACAGGGUCAGAUAGUAAAAAUAUUAGAGUAUGGAAAAAUUUGAAGGAAUAUUCAGGGUUUAAGUCGCAUAGCGGAUUAGUGAAAGCCAUUGUUGUUUAUGGAGAUAAGAUAUUUACUGGUCAUCAAGAUGGUAAAAUUCGGGUAUGGAAAUUUUUAGGUAAAAAAAGGAAAGCCUAUAAGCGGGUUGGUAGUUUACCUACCAUUAGAGAUUAUUUAAAGAGUUCAAUUAAUCCCAAGGCGUAUGUUGAAGUUAGAAGAAAUCGGAAUGUUCCUUGGAUUAAGCAUUUUGAUGCUGUUUCGUGUAUGAGCUUGGAUAAAGAAAGAGGGUUGCUUUAUUCUGGAUCUUGGGAUAAAACACUCAAAGUUUGGAGAUUAUCUGAUUCGAAAUGCCUGGAAUCUAUUACUGCUCAUCAGGAUGCAAUUAAUUCAGUAGUUGUUGGAUUUGAUGGGUUGGUUUUGACUGGCUCAGCAGACGGAACAGUAAAAGCUUGGAGAAGAGAGCUUGUUGGUAAUAGUGCAAAGCAUGUUCUUGUGGAAACACUGCUGAAACAGGACAAUGCUGUAACUUCACUAGCCGUAAACACCUUAGCAACUACGGUAUAUGCGGGCUCUUCAGAUGGACUAGUUAAUUUCUGGGAGCGACAGAAGCAUUUCUUGGAGUAUGGGGGUGCGCUUAGAGGUCAUAAAUUAGCGGUGCUGUGCGUUGCGGUUGCUGGUAACCUGGUGAUGAGUGGAUCGGCUGACAAGUCGAUAUGCGUGUGGAGAAGGGAAGAAGGUGGUAUCCACGGUUUAUUAACGGUGUUAACAGGACACAACGGCCCCGUUAAGUGCUUGACCGUCGAAGAUUCAAAUGAGGAAGAUGAUAAUAAUGAGAGCGAAGAUGAAGCUGUGGUGGAGAAGAAAAGUGACCAAUAUUGGAGAGUGUAUAGUGGGAGUUUGGACAAUUCAGUGAAGGUCUGGAGACUAUCUGAUGCAGUUGAGCCAGAAGCUGAUCCAGUAUUUUAAUUUGAUGGGUUCAAUCUUUAAUAUUUUAUCACGGUAUCUAUUCAACAUUUGAAGUACGGGUUCAAAAUCUAAUAUUGGUCACAAUUUUUGUGAUUUGUUACAUAUAUUUAUGUUUCGUGUCGAAAUUCUUGAGUUCAGUUGGAUCCUGAAGGUGUGAAGAAUGAAGAUGCAUGUGGAUAGAGUGGUGUGAACGCGCCGCCGAGUACAAGGCGGAGAAGCGGUUGUGAAUUGCCUUCAUAUUAGGUGUUGGUUGUGACACAUAAAGACAGAUUAGAAUACAACAGACACCAUGUGAAACGUUCACACAAUUAUGAAGAGAAAUUUGGCUUUAUUGUGCCGGUAAAAACCUGUUAGAGGACGGUUCUUUUCGUGGGGGACCAGUGAGCAGAACCUUCACAAUGAAGGUUAAUGUAGAAGCCGUGACCAACUAACAUUACUCAAAAUACAUUCAUUGUUUUCUUUUCUCGUUUUCUAUAUUUGGUUGUAAGUUUGGUUAGUGAUUCAUGUCUUGUAUAUUCUAAAGUAACAAAGUGUUCGAAAAUGGAACACCGUCUUUGAAUCCCUUUUAAAUUUUCCUUU